AUGUAUUUCAUGCAUUCAUGACAUUCUAAAUGUUUCUUAAAUUUGGUGGGUAUUUAUGGUCACAUGCUUUUUCUUCAAGUUUUAUCAAAUGCUUGCAAAUCUCCAAACAUGUUUCCAAUGCAUUUACUUAAAAAAAGAUUUUUGUAGAAGUUUACACAUGUAGUUCAAACCGGUGAUGUUCAAGGAUGAGCUGCAUUUGCUAUUUCCUAAAUCCUAUCAGGGGGUUGUUUGGAGUGUUUUUUUGUGCCUCUGAGCUCAGGAACUUGUGACUCUGGAAGAAGCAGAGGUUGGAGCUUGGCAGGUGUGUGCCUUUCCUCUUUGGAAUGACAGAGCACAGGGGUGGAUACGGAUGAAGAUGGCAGGAACGUACCCUGGGGCAGACCAGCUCUGCCUCUCCACAUGUGACAUUUACUUAACAUACCGGUAGUGCCUCAGUUUCCUUUUCUAUACUUUGUAGAUAAUAAUCAUAGCAGAGCCUCCACACCAGUGUUUAGGGCUUAGGUGAGUAAAAAAUCCUGCUCUGUGCUCCUCUAAGCCUGGCGAGGAGUCCAUACUCCAGCAUCAGCAGGUGCCACUACUGGUGUUGACACCUCUCCUCAGGUGCAGUAGAGAUGGAUGGGACCAAUGGCAGCACCCAGAGCCACUUCAUCCUCCUGGGUUUCUCUGACCACCCCCACCUGGAGAGGGUCCUCUUUGUGGUCAUCCUGGUAGCCUACCUGCUGACCCUGGUGGGCAACAGCACCAUCAUCCUGGUGUCUCGGCUGGACCCCCGGCUCCACACGCCCAUGUACUUCUUCCUCACCCACCUAUCCUUCCUAGACCUCAGCUUCACCACCAGCUCCAUCCCCCAGCUGCUCUACAACCUGAACGGCCAUGACAAGACCAUCAGCUAUGUGGGCUGCAUGGUCCAGCUCUUCCUGUUCCUGGGCCUGGGUGGAGUGGAGUGUCUGCUGCUGGCCGUCAUGGCCUAUGACAGGUUUGUGGCCGUCUGCAAGCCCCUGCACUACACGGUGAUCAUGAGUUCCAGGCUCUGCCUGGGCUUGGUGUCAGUGGCCUGGGGCUGUGGAACAGCCAACUCCUUGGUCAUGUCUCCAGUGACCCUACGAUUACCCCGCUGCGGGCACAACAAGGUGGACCACUUCCUGUGUGAGAUGCCAGCCCUGAUCCGUAUGGCCUGCGUCAACACAGUGGCCAUAGAAGGCACUGUCUUUGUCCUGGCCGUGGGCAUCGUGCUGUCUCCCCUGGUCUUCAUCUUGGUGUCCUAUGGCCACAUCGUCAGGGCUGUGUUCAGAAUCCAGUCAUCCUCAGGAAGACACAGAAUCUUCAACACCUGUGGCUCCCACCUCACCGUGGUCUCCCUGUUCUACGGGAACAUCAUCUACAUGUACAUGCAGCCAGGACACAGCUCCUCCCAGGACCAGGGCAAGUUCCUCACCCUCUUCUACAACAUUGUCACCCCCCUCCUGAACCCCCUGAUCUACACCCUCAGAAACAAGGAGGUGAAGGGGGCACUGAGAAGGCUGCUGCUGGGGAACAGAAAAGGGGGCAAAGAGUGAGGCCCUGGACUGCCCAGCAUCCAGCCUCAGGGUCAACUGCAGUGGGGCCACUGCUGGCCUCCGAGCUGUGGAACAGAACUGGUCUCAGCCUGGAGCUCUCAGCAUCCUAGCAGGGCUGGCCUUCUGGAAACCUGUUUAUGGACAGUGUUGGGUGUUUUAUGAGAGAACAGCACAGGGUCUGUCACCCACACCCAGGUGUGCAGACCUCACCCCACCAGCUCCUAUCAGGGCCUCACUGGAAGCAGCCCCUCUCUGAGUCCUGCUUCUGUAGCUUGUUGUUAGUUCACAUAGUGCUAUCAGCAUUUUAUCUAGAAUCCCCCAGCUCUCUCUGGGCUCUUGGUGUGAACCACUAUCUCUUCCUGGAUGGCAUCAAAGGCUGAGUUCAGUGUGGUUUGGUAUUUUUCUCCCAUAUUGCACCACAGGCUUACAUAGGAUCAUUUUGUCUUUUUCUGUCCUUUAUUAGGAGACAGAUAGAUGAGUAUGGCUGGAACACAAGUUUAAGAGAAUAAGUAUAAAAUGGGCCCACUGUGCUCACUGCACAAGCGUUCUUUACCAAAAAGCAAUUUCCCUGCAGCCCUGCCAGGCCUAAGUGGACAGAAUGUGUUGAUUGCUCAGCAAGCUUCCUGUUAUCUGCAUGGAAAUGCAGGUAGGAAUUAGCAUUAAUGAGAGGAACCCAAGACACUUUGA